UUAUACCGUUUAAACAGCUUGGUGAAGCAUGGCCGUGGAGAUGGAAAAAAAGCAUCAUUAUUCAAAAGAAACAAGAUCCGAGGAUGGUGAUUAUAUGAACUGGUCUCCAAAACACAAAACAGUCUCCAGUUUCUCUGACUGCGAAAUAAACAUCAUAUCUGCUCUCGGUCUCCUGCUGAUGCUUGGUGUUUUAUUAGCACUCUGUGUUAUUGGGAUCUUAUAUCACAAUAAGAGAUUUUCCUUUGAGAUAUUAAGUAAGCAAUAUGAGAAUGCUACAGCCACAGUGAUGAUGCAAGAACUUACAGUCAAGAAGAUGGAAACACUGUAUGAAGCAUUGAAGGUGAAGCAUCAGCAAGUUCAGGAAGAUCUUUUGGCAUGCAAAGCAACUCAAAACAGAGGACCAUGUGAGAAAGGAUGGAAGUAUUUUGGUUUGAACUGUUACUACUUCUCCACUUCUAAAUUAAACUGGACUCGGAGUAGAGAUGAGUGUGUAGAGAAAGGAGGCCACCUGGUGAUUAUAACCAGCAAUGCUGAACAGGUUUAUGUAUAUUCACAAAUUCAAGAAACACAUUGGAUUGGCCUGAAUGACUUGGAGACUGAGGGAAAGUGGAUGUGGGUAAACAACCAGCCUUUACAAGAGACUGGUGUAAUGUUCUGGUUUAGUGCACCAGAGGGUCCAAAUGAGCCUGAUAAUUGGAAAAUGGUGGAUCCUUCUGGAGAGAAUUGUGGUGCUCUGGGAAAUGUGGCUUCCACAAAUUAUUGGUUUGAUGCAUCUUGCAGUGAGCUGAAAAAGUUUAUCUGUGAAAAGGGGAAUAACCCUAAUUCAUUUUAACACAUUUUAUUAUGAUUUUUUCUAUAAAAAACAUGAUCACAGCUAACUCUAAAGUUAAAUGCAAAGUAACCUUGGACCAAUAUCGAAUCUAUUAUAUGUUGUAUAUUUUUAAUAAGUUAAAAUGUCCUGAGUUUCAAAACUUAAAGUUUUAAAAUCUAAGCUUUUGUUCUAGACCAUAAGAUGAUGCUAUGAGAUCAUGUAUGUAGAUUUUCUCUUGUCACUUUGCCUACAUUUAUAAAUCUCCAGCAUUUAUUUCCUUAAAUAGACUGAACAUUUAUAACAUUGAAGAUGUUUAGUGACUCAUUCAAGGUUCUGCCUCAGUUUUGCUGAAUAGUGUGAAAGUCAGGGAUGAAUAUAUUUUUUCACAGGAUUGAAUCCUAUUGCCUUGACUUUUACUUUGAAAUCAAUAUUAGUCAUAAAAAUAUUUAGUAGAUAUAAUUUACAGAUGAUUAGGUAGUAUGCAUUAUAUGUUAUAUGCUAAACCAAAUGUAGUGACUUGCUUUGGAAAAUUAAAGAAAUAUUAAAAGUUUGAGACCUAAAAUUAAAUGUUUCUAUAAAUCUAUGAUUUGAUGCCAGUGUUUUAGUUGCAAUACAGCAAUAUUGUGUUAUGAAAACAGAAGGCAGCUUCUUCAGAUAUGCUUUGUGACUGCAAUUCAAAAAGAGAUUUGACGUUUACAGUCCCACAGACUGCAGGCUAACAAAUGGCAGCAAGUGAAUAGUCAGUUCAUGUCCUGGAGGAGGAAAAAUGGUCAAGUGUAAGAAUCUGAGCAACUUCCCAGAGGUUAAAUAGUAAUGGCUAGAUCACUGGGUAUUCAAAUACUGAUCUCAUUGUCUACUGAGUAGAAAAACAGGAAAGAUCUUGAUAUCUGCUCUUAAUGAUUGGUGCUUUAUCAACUCUAUUUGGAAAGUAUUUACAGCAAUACCCUUUUUGAACAUUUUUUCGUACAGCCUUAUUGCAAAAUGGAUUAAAUGUAUUAUUUGCCUCGAAAUUCUACAAAAAAUACCCCAUAAUCACAACGUGAAAUAAGUUUGUUUGAAAUCUUUGAAUAUUAGUUACCCAAUACUGAAUUACUCAAAACUUUGUUGAUGCACAUUUGGCACCAAUUACUGUCUCAAGUGUUUUUUAGUUUGAUGAUACAAGAUUGGCACAUAUUUUUGGGCAGUUUCUCCAGGUCUUCUUUGGCUCCAUCUGGUUGGAUGGGGAGCGUCAGUGCACAGCCAUUUUCAGAUCUCUCCAGAUCAGACGUUCAAUCGGGUUGAUCAGGUAGUCUUCUAAAAUAACACAAAUAUAAUAAUUAGUUCACAGCAGUUCAUAUCAAUGCAUAUCAAUGAACAAACACGUGUGAUGCAAACAUACAAUCAGUCAUCGACUUAUAAAUGAUUCUCAAUACAAAUCUUAUUAGUCCACAUAAAUAUUGCUCACUGACAUUUAUCAAUAUGAAAUAUUGUGUUAUCUCACUUAUACAGAACGUAAUGGAACACUGCAAGACCAUUAGCAUUUAUAGUGCUAGCAUAAGCUUCAUGAAAACAAGGAUAUAUUACACAAUGAAACAGGUAAAUGAGGAAUCAAGUAAUAAAAACAAGG